AUGUUCUUGUCACCGGGCCUAACCUUUGCUGCGUCUACAGGCGUCGUCGGCUCUGCAAUGGCAGCAGGAGCAAUGGCGGGAUUUUCCAUCUCAGCUAUCCCCGCGGUUCUGGGAGGAGGCGGAUCCCCGAGUGUGAUGCUGAAGCAAUGGUGGAUCAUCUACAACAAUGGAAAGGCGGUUCCAGCUGUGGCCUUGCUAUCAGCGCUGAGCUACAGCUCGGUUUCGUAUAGCCAGUACGCAAAGGCAUCGCCACACUGGCGAGGCUUUGCGCUGGCCGGACUGCUGACGGUUGCCGCCAUCCCCUUCACCAUGGCAGUCUUGCUGCCGGUCAAUAACGAGCUCUCGGCAGCGGCGCACAGCCAAACAAAGACCAUGAGCGAAGAUAGAGUUCGGGGCUUGGUUACGAAAUGGUCGUACCUCAACGUGGCUCGACUGACCCUGCCGCUUUCGGGAGCAAUCGUCGGGCUGUUGACGCUCUUGGCUUGA